AUGAACACGAUCACCAAGGCGCUCAACGCCACGGUCCCGGCCAUGAGCGAGAUCCUUGACCUGUUACCCGUCCCUACCCUCGUCGUCUCUCCGUCGCAUCGCAUACAGAGAGCCUCGGCCGGCUUGCUGGAGGCGUGGAGUCGCAGACGUGACGAACUUGUCGAUAAAGACCUCUUCAUCGCCCUCUACCAGGGUUCUCCGACUGAAAGAUUCGAUCGCAUUCCCCUCGUCUACGCCAUCGAGACUGCCGUCGCUGCUCGAGCUCUCCGUCUGUGCCAUGCCUCCUAUAUCGCGGACGGUGUCUCUUGGACUGCGCGUAUUACGCCCGUCCACAGGGAUGACGAACUGCUGUGCCUGAUCUUCGAAUGGGAGAAGUCCGAACUCUAUAUCACAAUUGCCGAUGGCGGAAUGAUUCAGAGUUGGCUACCUAUCGAUGAUGCUUUCCGCAUCCUCGUUCAAGCUGUCAAGGAUUACGCCAUCUUCCUGCUCGAUACUCGCGGAAACGUGGUGACCUGGAAUACUGGAGCAGAGCUGAACAAGGGAUACAAGAAGGAAGAAAUCGUCGGUAAACACUUCUCGAUCUUUUACGGCGAGGAAGAUAUCCAGUGCAGGAAGCCCGAGAGAGAGCUUGAGAUCUGCUUGCGUGAGGGCAGGGUGGAAGAUGAGGGCUGGCGCUACCGUAAGGAUGGUAGCCGAUUCUGGGCCAACGUCGUCAUCACGGCCGUCUAUAAGAACGACAUCCACGUCGGCUUCGGCAAGGUUACUCGCAAUCUCACCGAGCGAAAAGAGGCAGAAUUGCGGCUGAUUGCGGCCUACGAGGAGAGCACCAAGUUGAAGAAUGAUUUUCUAGCCAACAUCAGCCACGAGAUCCGUACCCCGAUGCACGGCAUGCUCUCCGCCUGCUCUCUGCUUCUUGACAGCCGCCUGACCGAGGAGCAGCGGGAAACAGCCAAUAUAAUUGAAGAGUCGGGCCGUGUCCUGUUGCAGGUCAUCAACGAUAUUCUCGACUACUCUAAGCUUGCGGCAGGCAGGUUUUCCAUCAAGAAUGACGAGGUCGAUAUCGCUAAUGUGGUCGCUUCGGUCGUGCGCGGUGAGCAGACCACUGUGCAACCGGGAGUGUCGCUGAGGCUGGUCUUGGCACCAGAUCUGCCAAAGUGGGCAGAAGGAGAUCCUCUCAGGUGCCGCCAGAUCGUUGAGAACAUUGUAGGCAACGCCGUAAAGUUUACCGAAAGAGGGUCCAUUUUGGUUAGCGUGUCGCUGCUCGCGGAGGACGCGACCACUCACACGAUCCUCACCGAGGUAGCCGACACUGGACAUGGCGUGUCGGAGGAUGACGCCCAGAAACUCUUCAAGCCAUUCACGCAGCUUGAUACUCCGUAUGAGAAGCGUCGCCAAGGGACUGGCCUCGGGCUGUCCAUCGCGAAAUCGCUCGCUGAGCAGAUGGGUGGGGAUAUUGGAUAUAAACCUAACCCGGAACGGCAGGGCAGCAUCUUCUGGUUUACGGUCAAGCUAAAGAAGCUCAACAGCCUUCAGCAGAUCCACACCGUCAAUGCGCAGCCCAAACGCAGCAGCGAACUGUCGCGGCAGCAGGUCCCACAAGGCGAGGACGUCGCGGCGCAGCUGACACAUUUGGAGGAGAUCGCGCCGACGAUGCGGAUCCUCGCAGCCGAGGAUAACAUCAUCAACCAGAAGGUCCUGGUCGGAAUGCUACACUCCUUCGGAUUCCAGCACAUCACAGUCGUCUCGGACGGUGCCCAGGCAGUCUCAACACUAUCCGCCGCGCCCGACGCCUUUGAGCUGAUUCUCAUGGACAUCAGCAUGCCCGUAAUGAAUGGUUACGAGGCGACAGCCCAGAUAAGGAACAGCGGCGUGCGCCUACCCAUCAUCGCCAUGACCGCCUACGCGCUCAAGGGUGAUAUGGAGCGCUGUUUGGAGAAAGGCAUGGAUGAUUACAUCGCCAAGCCGGUGAAUAGGCAACUGCUAAUGAAGAAGCUGCUGAAGUGGCUUGUAAGACCGGGCGCUGCGGCGCUGGCCACCGCUCCUAUGAGGCCAUGA